CCGCCGCCCGCCCGCCCGUCCCCCCCCCCCCGGCCGGGGGCCCUGCCGGCCGCGAUGAAUGAUUUUGGACUCAAGAAUAUGGACCAGGUGGCCCCCGUGGCUAACGGUUUCCGAGGUACCCUCAAGCGCCAGCCUGCCUUUGACACCUUCGAUGGCUCGCUGUUCUCCGUGUUCCCCUCGCUCAGUGAAGAGCAAACACUCCAAGAAGUGCCCACGGGCUUGGACUCCAUCUCCCAUGACGCUGCCAGCUGCGAGCUGCCCUUGCUCACCCCAUGCAGCAAGGCUGUGAUGAGCCAGGCCCUGAAGGCCACCUUCAGUGGCUUCCAGAAGGAGCAGCGGAGACUCGGCAUUCCCAAGAACCCCUGGCUGUGGACGGAGCAGCAGGUGUGCCAGUGGCUGCUCUGGGCCACCAACGAGUUCAGCCUGGUGAACGUGAACCUGCAGAGAUUCGGCAUGAACGGCCAGGCGCUCUGCAACCUCGGCAAGGAGCGGUUCCUGGAGCUGGCGCCCGACUUCGUGGGCGACAUCCUGUGGGAACAUCUGGAACAGAUGCUCAAAGAAAACCAGGAGAAGACAGAGGAGCAGUAUGAAGAGAACUCACACCUCAACUCCGUGCCCCACUGGAUUAACAGCAACUCCCUAGGCUUCGGCAUGGAACAGGCUCCGUAUGGGAUGCAGACGCCCAGUUACCCCAAAGGCGGCCUCCUGGACAUGGGCCUGCCCUCCGCGGCGCCCGCCUCCCUCGGCCCCGACCAGCACUUCCAGAUGUUCCCCAAGUCCCGGCUCGGCGCCGUCAACGUCAACUACUGCGCCGUCUCCCAGGACUACCCCGGCGGCAACUCGAGUCUGCUCCACGGCGGUUCAGGGAAGCCCAAAGAGUGCGACUCGCCCGAGAAGAGCGCGGACAGCUUCGAGAGCUCGGACUCGCUGCUGCGGUCCUGGAACAGCCAGUCGUCCCUGCUGGACGUCCAGCGCGUGCCUUCCUUCGAGAGCUUCGAGGACGACUGCGGCCAGGCCCUGGGCCUCGGCAAGCCCACCAUGUCCUUCAAGGACUACAUCCAGGAGAGGAGCGACCCCGUGGAGCAGGGCAAGCCGGUCAUCCCCGCCGCCGUGCUGGCCGGCUUCACGGGGAGCGGCCCUAUCCAGCUGUGGCAGUUCCUCCUGGAGUUGCUGUCCGACAAGUCGUGCCAGUCCUUCAUCAGCUGGACGGGGGACGGAUGGGAGUUCAAGCUGGCUGACCCCGACGAGGUGGCCCGCCGCUGGGGCAAAAGGAAGAACAAACCCAAGAUGAACUACGAGAAGCUGAGCCGGGGCCUGCGCUACUAUUACGACAAGAACAUCAUCCAUAAGACGUCGGGGAAGCGGUACGUGUACCGCUUCGUGUGCGACCUGCAGAACUUGCUGGGCUUCACGCCCGAGGAACUGCACGCCAUCCUGGGCGUGCAGCCCGACACCGAGGACUGAGGCCGCGGCCACCGCCCUGAGCCCGCCCGGGGCCCGGGGGGCUGAGCGGGAGACCCCCCUCCGUCCAUCCUGACCUGGGCUCCCGGGACCUUGGCACCCGUCUGUCCAGGGGCGUCGCCGAGAAGCGGCGGCCUUCCUUCCCCGCCAGGCCGUCUCCUGGGGGCAGAGUGGACUUGGCCGCCUUGGCUCCUCCAUCGCCCGGUCUGCCCAAGGGCAGUGCCCCCUCCCCCACUUUCCACGGGGGGUGGCCGGGGAGGAGACGUGGGGAGACCCAUGCCCUGGGCCAGGCGGCUGGGCACGGGGACAGUUCCGGAAGCAGAGGUCCGUCCCGCAGGUGGGGAGUGUGUGGACACGCAGCCAUUGAAGAGACGAUGUAUUUUUUUUUUUUUUCCAAUGCUGUCUGUCCUCUUGCAGGCAGGAAUAGCAAAUGUGAACCGCCUUCUCUCGCGAGGGGAGGGGGGAGGGGAGGGGGAGGGGGAGGCGACGCCGCCGUUUCUGAAGGGAGUGUGUACAUAGGAUUGUCGUUCUUAGCGUCGCGAAUCAGAAUCUUCUAACCGUUCUAUUUAACAGAAGUUGUAUAUUGUAAUUUAAAGAAUUAUAUAUGUAACUGUAUUUGAAAUAAUGCAGGCAUCCAGCAGGGUU